AUGUUUUUUUCAGUUAAACACAUCCUUUUUUUUGACGGACAAUUGUGUGUGUUUCUUCUACAGACAGUGAUUCAGCUGUUUGUCAAUCGCCUUGACUCAGUAGAGUCAGUCCUGCCUUACGAGUAUGAUAUGUUCGACUUUUGCAAAGAUGAAAUGGAAACGAGGCCUUCUGAGAACCUAGGACAGGUGCUGUUUGGUGAACGAAUUGAGUCUUCUCCCUACAAGGUCAACUUUCCAGAAGAUGUUAAAUGUAAGAGUUUGUGCACCAAGUCUUACAAAAAGGGGAACAAAGAGGAUGCAACCAAACUGAAUUUCCUCAAGAUGGGAAUGCAGUUGAACUACCAGCACCACUGGAUAAUUGACAACAUGCCGGUGACAUGGUGCUAUGAUGUUGAAGAUGAUCAGAAGUACUGCAACCCGGGCUUCCCUGUUGGCUGCCUUGUGAACCAAGAUGGAAAACCUAAAGAUGCUUGCGUUAUCAAUGCUGAGUUCCACAAGAAGAACACAUUCUACGUCUUCAACCAUGUGGACAUCAAGAUAUCUUACCACAGUGGAGAAGCGGAGGGAUGGAGAGGGGCUAGGCUGGUUGCUGCCACUCUGGAGCCAAAGAGUAUCAACCAGGCAGAUGGAAAAAACCCAAAUUGUGAAGGAGCCAUCCCGAUGGAGGUCCCUGGGGCGUUCGAUAGCGAUGUGUCAAUAGUCUACACCUACUCGGUUACAUUUGAGGAAAACAAUGCUAUCAAGUGGGCCUCUAGGUGGGACUACAUCCUGGUGUCCAUGCCUCACACCAACAUACAGUGGUUUAGCAUCAUGAACUCCUUGGUCAUUGUCCUCUUCCUGUCUGGCAUGGUUGCCAUGAUCAUGCUGAGAACUCUGCACAAGGACAUUGCCAGAUACAACCAGGUGGACCAGGCAGACUUCAUAAAGCUUCCAACGACCAAGGAAAAAUCCUCGGUGCCUUACGAGGACGCACAGGAGGAGUCAGGAUGGAAGCAGGUGCACGGGGAUGUUUUCCGGCCCCCCAGGAAAGGAAUGUUGUUGUCUGUGUUCCUUGGACAGGGCACCCAGAUCUUCAUCAUGACCUUCAUCACUCUCUUCCUGGCCUGUCUGGGCUUCCUGUCGCCGGCCAACAGAGGGGCCCUCAUGACGUGCUCUGUGGUCCUCUGGGUGCUGAUGGGAACGCCUGCUGGCUAUGUGUCUGCUCGCCUCUACAAAACUUUCGGAGGUGAGAAGUGGAAGACAAACGUGUUGCUGACAGCCCUCUUGUGCCCAGGUAUUGUGUUUGCAGACUUCUUCCUGAUGAACCUGAUCCUUUGGGUGGAAGGUUCCUCAGCAGCAAUCCCCUUCGGCACUCUGGUGGCCAUUUUGGCUCUGUGGUUUGGAAUCUCCGUGCCCCUCACCUUCCUCGGCGCCUACUUUGGAUUCAAGAAAGCUGCAAUCGAGCAACCAGUGAGAACAAAUCAAAUCCCUCGUCAAAUUCCUGAGCAGUCUUUCUUUACAAAGCCUGUACCUGGUAUCGUAAUGGGCGGGAUCCUGCCCUUUGGUUGCAUUUUCAUCCAACUGUUCUUCAUUCUCAACAGCAUUUGGUCACAUCAGAUGUACUACAUGUUCGGGUUCCUGUUUUUGGUUUUUAUUAUUCUUCUCAUCACUUGCUCCGAGGCCACAGUCCUGCUCUGCUACUUCCACCUGUGUGCUGAGGACUACCACUGGUGGUGGCGUUCCUUCCUCACCAGCGGCUUCACAGCAGUCUAUCUCUUCAUCUACUCUGUGCAUUACUUCUUCUCAAAGCUACAAAUUGUUGGCGCUGCCAGCACCUUCCUCUACUUCGGAUACACGUUGAUUAUGGUCCUCAUCUUCUUCCUCUUCACAGGUGAGGCUUUGAGAUAAGUGAUAUAUGAGCUUUUUAUUCACUCAAGAUUAUUUCCAGCUUGUCUUGACACCCUGCAAUCAUCCCUAGAUACAUAACACAAUAAUUGGUUUAUUUAGUUACG